AUGCUCCGCUACACCGGCACGGGCAGCCAAUGGGGGGGUGACGGGGGGCACUCUGGGAGUGGCGGUUGUUUCAAGAUGGCGGAGGCGGGCGGUGGGGUCGGCGGUGCUGUUUACUGGAGUCAGGGCAUUUCUGAUGGAAAACAGCCAAUGGUGUCUGUUUCAGGAGUGGCUACAGAAGGAAAUUUAAGAACAAGGCGUUUGCCAAAAAAUCAGAAAAGUGAAACUGAACUAAAGGUGCCUGCAGCUCCUGCUUCCAUUCCCAUGGAUCCUGUUAGAAGCACAGGAGAUCUGACAGGGCAGCAGGUCACUAAUGAAGGAGGAAUGAAGAGUGCUUCUUUAAAGGAUUUGUGUCCUGAGGACAAGAGGCGCAUUGCAAACUUAAUUAGAGAACUUGCCAGGGUAAGUGAAGAAAAGGAGGUGACAGAAGAACGGCUGAAAGCUGAACAGGAGUCAUUCGAGAAGAAGAUCAGACAGCUAGAGGAACAGAAUGAACUUAUCAUCAAGGAAAGGGAAGCUCUGCAGCAGCAGUACAGAGAAUGCCAGGAACUUCUGAGCCUUUAUCAGAAGUACCUAGCUGAGCAGCAGGAAAAACUAUCCCUCUCCCUUUCUGAACUCAGUGCUGCCAAGGAAAAGGAGCAGAAGGUAUCCAGUAAGAAGAGCUUAUACCAGCAACCGUCUUUGGAGCUGGAUGGUUCCUACUUGGGUAUUGGGGGAUCUCAAACUUUGCAUAAGAACAGUAAAGCAUCAAAGGCUGGAAGCCCAGCCCGUGUUGCAUUGCCUCAGCCUUGCAGAAAUAAUUAUGAUUAUGGGGCUGAAAUUCACUACAACCAUCAGGAAUCUCUGAAGGAAUAUCCAGUAGAAAAUGGCUUGCACAGGAAGUGGAACAACAUAAUUUCCCCAGCCAAACAGAGGAGCCCUCGCCAUGUAAAACCACCUCAGGAGAUUGACCAGAAAGCAAAUGAAUUUCACAGCAUGUGCCCUCUACAAGUCUGUCAUGGUUGUGCCUGCAAGCAAGGAGGAUGCUCAGGGAGCAUGCAGGAGAGCCACCAGGUCAGCCAGGUACUUAGAAAACACUCUGCACCAGUUCACAAAACCUGUGAUGAUUCUAGGCUCUCUCAGGUUUCUGGGCUGAAUGACAGUGUGGACUCUAGGAAAAAAGAAACAGAGAAUGCUAAAAGGUUAUAUGAAGAAAGAAGGCAGAAGCUGCUUCUGCAGAAAAUGGAGCUGGAAAUUGAAAAGGAACGAGUCCAACAUUUACUGGCUGAGCAAGAAGCAAAACUGCUCCUGAAACAACAGCGGCUACACCAAUCCUGUAUGGAUUAUAACAGGUUUAGAGGCCACAUGCCUAUUUCAGAAGAUGUGCCCAUUGAUGAAGCACCGGGAGAACUUGCUGUGAUGAUGAACAGCAAGAGCAUGGGGCUAAGUGUGCCAGUGUCGAAACGUGAAGAUUAUUUUCCAAGGACACCUCCAGUGAACAAAGCCUCCAGAACACCAGGAAGUGGUGGGAGUAGUUUGGGGAAGAAAAUGAUUGGGUUUGGUGCAAACAUGCAAGAUGAGAGAACCCUUCUUGUGCAAACCAAGAGGGAAGGCACCAAGUCAAGGAAAGGGACAACUUCAGGACCUAGGAAGGAUGCAGCUACAUCUCCCAUACUGAUAGGCAGCAGCACAUCCCCAAUCCAGCAUGACAUUUCACAGUGCAAAGACUGUCUUCUUAAAAUGGUUGAAGCAAUGAAUCCAAUAUCUGCCUCAGGACACCUUUGCAGAGAAUCUUAUGACAGGAACAAAAUGCACACGCCUCAUCGUGUGAGCCACAGGCCAUCAUCGUCUUGGUACCAGACCCCUUGCAGCCCCAGAAGCAGAGCGGAUGAGCUGGAGGAGAGCCGGCUCCUCGAGGAGAUUUUCUUCAUUUGACAUGCCUCAUUGGUCUUUAAUUUUUAUGUCUUUUUAGGACCUCUUUAUUGCUGAUUUGUUUGUGUUAAAGUGCCAUCUUUAAAUUAUUUGAGUGACAA